AUGAUUUUGCAUUUCCGGGAGAGACCUAUGUAUAAACAACACAGUUCUCUCCCAUCCGCUCAUUCACACUGCUUUGUAUGGCUCUGCAUAGCAGAUACAUACAAAGCAGUGUGCUUACAGUGAAACACAACACAGCCUCAUAGUAAAACAGCACACAGUUAACGCUUUGAUUGUCCCACAUGUUAACCCCUUCCUGUCCAGUGUCAUCAGUGCUUUUUAUUAGCACUGAUCACUGUAUUGGUGUCACAGGGGAUGUCAGUGACACCAAGUCUGUUCCCCCCCCCCAGUGUCAGAAUGCCUGCCACAGU